AUGAUAGGCGUCGGCAUCCUCGGCGCGGCGAACAUCGCCAACAAAAACAUCCUUGGAAUAACGCUGGCCGACAACGUUCAGGUUGUGGCAGUGGGCAGCCGGGACAAGGCCAAGGCGGAGGCGCAGCUGGAGCGGUGCGGGCUGGCGGGCGCCGUUGCCGCCUAUGGCAGCUACGACGAGGUGGUUGGCGACCCGCGGGUGGAUGCCGUCUACAUCACGCUCCCCGCCGCCCUGCACCUACCCUGGGUGCGCAAGGCAGCGGCCGCGGGCAAGCACGUGCUGGUGGAGAAGCCGGUGGCGGUGGACGGCGUCGAGCUGGAUGCCAUGCUGGCGGCGUGCGCCGACGCGGGCGUGCAGCUGAUGGAUGGCACCAUGUGGUCCCACAGCCCCCGAACGGAGCGCAUGGCGGCGAUCCUCCGAGAUCCUGCAGCUGUUGGAGAGCUGAAAGCUGUGACCUCGGCCUUCACCUUUUACGGCAAGCAGAUUGCGGCGGGCGCUGGCGAUUUUCUGAAGAAUGAUGUGCGUGUGAAGAAGGACUGUGAUCCGCUGGGCGCGCUGGGAGACUUGGGCUGGUACUGCGUGCGCGGCAUCCUGUGGGCAUACGGCUUUGAGGCCCCCACCUCGGUGACCGCCCAUGCUGGUGCUGCAUUCAAUGAGGAAGGCGUGCCGCUGCACAUCGGCGCCACCCUGCUGUUCUCGGGCGGGCGCCGAGGCCACUUUGAAUGCGGGUUUGACCGUGCGCUCACACAGUCGCUGGAGGUGGCAGGCACGCUGGGCACCAUCCAGCUGAAUGACUUUGUGAUCCCCCGUUCAGUGAAGCAGUCCAGCUUUGUGGUGACGGGCGAGCACGGGUUGCGGGAUUGUGACACGUGGGAUGCCACACGCCGCGACGAGGUGGUGGUCCACCUGGCCAAGCCGCAGGAGGUGUGCAUGUGGGAGAGGUUUGGCGGGCUGGUGCAGCACAUCCAGUCGGGCGGCCAGCCGGACGCCUUCUGGCCGCGCAUCACCGAGCUGACGCAGCGGGUGCUGUUUGCGGUGGAGCGGUCAGCCAGGGAGGGGUGCCGCGAGGUGAGGCUCAGCCUGUGA